UUCUUAAGAAAUGAAAGUGAAAGUUACUGCAGCACUGUAGGAAGAAAAUAGAAAUAUCUGCUGCACGUACAAGUUACAGGAAGGAUCUACCUACACUGUUAGGGCAAUUUUGGACAUUUUUCUGCCCCUGAACAAAGGUGUCCAAGAUUUCUUGAGAACUCAAGAGAAACGAUGGAACCUGAGAGCUUUGUUAAUAUUGAGGAAACAUCUGAAAAGAUGACGGAAGAAAAGCUUAACCGUGUAAUGGAAAAAUAUCAGGCACUAAAAGAAGACGCUGAUUCUUUGGAAAAAGUAAAACUGGAACUAGAGUCUUUAACUCAAAAGUUAAAUGAUAGGGGGGACAAAAUGGAGAAGAGCAUUGAGCAGGAUAAGCAAGAGCUUAUAGAGAAACAGAAGAUAUCUGAGAAAAGAGUUAAGUUGAUAUGGGAAGAGAACCAACAACUAUUAAGAGAACAAAAAAAUCUAGAGGAGCAGAUUUGUCAAAUACAAGAAAAUAAAGGAAAGUUGGAUCAUAUCUUGGCUUCAGGAACUGAAAGGAAAAUGGCAUUCAAAGGAAAACUCAGUGAUACUAUUCCUGAAAAUGGAUUGAAUAUCAAACAUCAAAUAAAAAAAACCAUUUGGGGUGGAACUGCACUUAUCACCUUUGAAAAUGAGGAAGUUGCCACAGAUAUAAUCAGAAUAAAGGAUCACCAGAUAAAAGUGGAUGAUUGUCAUAUUAAUGUGAAGGCUGAGCCGGUGGAGCUUCUAGUACUGGAUUUCCUUAAUGUGGAUAUGAACAUUAGCUCACAAAAGAUCUUUGUGUCCAAUCUUCCAUCUUCUGUACCUGAAGACCAACUCAUGGACAAACUGGAUAUUUUCUUCUCUAAAUCCAAGAAUGGAGGGGGAGAAGUGGAGAGCGUUGAGAUUCUAUCUGAAUACAGGAGUGCAAUCAUCACCUUCACAGAAGACAAUGUUGCACCGCGUCUGACUAAACAAAAAAUAUUUAAUGUACCUCUUGGGAAUAAAAAUUACGAGAUCCAUGCAACACCGUCAUUGAAUGGUAACCUUACAGCAUGUGAGGUGAGGAAUGCUAUAUGUAACCGGACUAUCCAAAUCACAGGGAUCCCAGAUAUUACAGAGCCAGACAACCUGCAGGAUCAUCUACAAAUGCACUUCCAAAAAGAGUCCAAUGGUGGAGGAGAAGUGUUGGCCAUCGAAUAUGUCCCAGACGGAAAACGUGCUGUAGCAAUUUUUGAAGAUGAUUGAAAAUUUAAAUUUAUAUAUAUAUAUAUAUAUAUAUAUAUAUAUAUAUAUAUACAGUAUAUGUGUGUGUGAAAAACACAUUAUUUGUGGUGAUGGGUGUGUGUUUAUUAAUCACCAGCACAAAUAUGCAUUUAAAUGGACAGUAAACUUAAAGUUAAAUUCCCUGUAAAAUGUUAAUAAAGGAAAAUAUAUUCAUGA